AUGAAUAAAAAGGAUCACAUGACAAACGUUUAUUUAAGAGAUUACUAUAUAAAGGAUUUUAAAUAUAUAAGUCCAGAAGUUUUGAGAAAUAAGAAAAAUGUCAGUAAAUCGGAUGGAAGAUCAGAGGGUCGCUGCACAUUGUUCGUGAAAGUGUGGUUACGGGAAGUAUUGAGGGGUUUCAAACAAUUUCUCUAUGAAGGUUCCCUACAUGGUGUUAAAUACAUGUUCGAACCUUCAUUUAGUCAGAAGGAGCGAGUAACUUGGAUCAUCAUUAUGGUUAUCAGUAUCAGUAUAUGCGCUAUGAACAUCACACAGCUCUUCUGCAAAUGGACAUCCACGCCAUUUGUAAAUGUCAUUGAUUCUUUACCAACGCCGAUAUGGGCUGUUCCCUUUCCAAGCGUUGUGCUUUGCCCUCAUUUACACGUCAAACUAUCUCGUGCAAACGUCUCUGAAUUAAAUGAUACAUACAGGUUCUUCGCAUCUUUAGUUUGCCCUCAAAUGGACGUGAGAAAUUUUGAAAGGAAGGAAAGGUUAAGCGUUACUGAAAAUCAUUUGUUGCAAGAAUUCAUAUUAAAGGUAUCGCCAAAAUGUUCAGAUUUGGUUAAAAUAUGUCAUUGGCGUUCAGGAUACGACACGGCGUAUUACAGAAACGACUGCUGUGAAAAAUUAUUAAAACCAAUAUUUACUGAAUACGGACUCUGUUACACUUUCAACAGUCUGCCAUUAAAUGGAAUGACAAAUGAAACUGCAGCUUGGCAAAAAUCCUUUAAUCACAUAUCUACUUCUGAUCCUCUUGAAUGGGAUCUUGACAGUGGAUAUCCAAAAGUGUUUCCACCAAAACUUGGUGCAUUACCCUUCAGGGUUAUGGCUUCGGGUGAAGUUAAUGGUUUAAGUAUUGAGCUACAUUUGAAUACAAGUGAACAUCAAUAUGAUUGUGAUGGAGCUAAUGUUGGGUUUAACGUCUUGAUUAGUUCCCCAACAGAUCACGUCUAUACAAGCAAUAUACUUCGUCUUCCCAUGGACAGAAUGACGACCAUCGAAGUAUCACCAAUAACAUACAAGACCGAUAGCUCGUUACGAGCGUUGUCACCAGACCAAAGACAGUGCUUCUUCCAAAAUGAAAGACAACUGCAAUAUUACGAAUACUAUACGGAUACAAAUUGUAAAUUAGACCUGAGGAUACGAGAAACAAUAAAACAUUGUAGAUGUGUGUUGUAUAAUUGGCCAAGAAAAGAUGUACGGAGUCCAAUUUGUUCAACCGAAUUGGAUUUCGAAUGCGUUGCACGAGUCAAAGUUCAGGUUGGCGAACAACUAAUUUACGCGUACUACGCAGACAGCGAAGAACAAAGACAGCCACACGAAGGUGCAAUAUCUUGUUACCCAGCAUGUAAUGAUAUACUUUAUUCCACCCAAGUUUACUACUCCGAUUUGAUUAGAGACCACAACGUUAGGAAAAUAGACUUAGACAAGGACAAGACAGGAGUGAAGACACAUAUAAAUGUACAUUUCUACGACGAUAUGUUCUUAGGUCAGCAUCGUCACGCACAAUACGAUGAUUAUUACUUCGCAGGAGCCAUUGGUGGUCUUCUCAGUCUGUUCCUUGGUUUUAGCAUCAUCAGCGUCGCUGAGCUGGUUUACUUCGUGAUGUUAAAACCAAUUCAUAUAGCGUUUAAAAAUACUUACAAUGUUAUACGUUAA